AUGCUUGAAGUUAACAAUUUUAGAGAUGGAAGAUUUUAAACUGUUACUUCGAGUUUCUUGCCUAGUAAGGUAUUUAGGAAAAGGGAAUAGUUGGAUGAAUCAAGUGAAGAGAUUGAAUAGAUGGAAGAAUAGUAGUUAUGA